AUGGCUCAUUUUUUUAAAGGCUCGAUUUCAUUACCAAUGGAAGAAGAUAAAGAAAAACAAAAUAUUGAGAAUGAAGAACAAAUUAAAAUAUUAUUUCACUUACCCAAUGGCGAUAUCGAAACUGUAUAUGAAAACCUUAGUAUUGAAGUGGGUUAUCUAAAACUCAAGUUAUCUAAAAGCUUACAAAGGCCCUAUGACAAAUUUAAUUUAUUAUAUAACAAUAAUAUUAUGAUUGAUCCAUUAUCCAUAAUUGAUAUAAUUAAAGCAAAAAGAGAAUCUAUCGAUAUAUACGUUAAUUUUAUAGAAUAA